GUACCACGGCACUACGACGACCCAGGCAAAGGAAACUACUGGAUGCUUGAUCCAUCCUGCGAUGACGUGUUUAUCGGCGGAACCACCGGCAAACUUCGUAGACGUUCGUCACACUCCGCCAGAAGUCGACUGGCUUUCGGGCGAGCGGGAUUUCCUUAUCUUGGAUUCCCAAACUUCAUCAGAGAAGGGCUCCCUGCACAUCUGUCGUUUUCAUCAUUUUAUUCCUUACCAGGAAUUAUGAAACACCCUGGGGUGUAUUCCUACCUUGGACAAAACUUACUUCCCCCUACAGGUUACAUCGACAGUAGUAACGGAGCGAUUAUCAGACCUCCCGGAAUUGAUAAAUAUUUGCUUCACAGCAUGACUUCUCAGUCAGCAGCUUUAUCAGCAGCCGCCGCAGCAGCAGCAGCAGUAUCUUCUGCGUCAAUGUCCAGAUCGCCUCCAGAUUCUUCUAGAUCUUCUGCAGUAUCUAGCCACCUCAGACAACUCCACCACUCACCAUACGCCAGCCUCGCCAAUCCACUCUCUACCCCUAGUUUUGUCAUACCCGGAUUUGGACAGCUCUGUGCUAAAUCCUCACCCUUGUCCUCCUCAGCCGUUCAUAGGAAAAUGGACAGUGACCUAUCACCGAGCCACGAAGGCGCGAACUCUGUAUUUAACUUGUACCCACACCUUUUCAGGCCUUUCUCUGGAUCCAACGGGGACUCUCAUAAAAUUGUAUCGCCAAUGAUAACACACUGA